AUGAGAAUGCUGACCAUAACCUCUUAUUACCUCCUCUCCUCCCCCUCCAAACUCCACCAUCUCCAAAGCGAACUCACCUCUCUCAUGCGCAGCUACCCAACCACAACCCCCCGCUGGUCCGACCUGGAAAAACUCCCUUACCUGAGCGCCUGUAUCAAGGAAGCCUUGAGGUUAGGCAUAGGCGCAACCCGACACGUGGCCAAAUACUUCCCUAACGACGAGAUAGAGUACAAGUCGUGGGUGAUACCAAAAGGGACGUCAAUCUCUGUGCCCAUGUACCCCAUGCACUACGACCAAGAGGUUUAUCCCAAUCCAUGGGGGUUUGAACCAGAGAGGUGGUUGGGGGAGUACGACAAAAGGAUGGACAGGAAUUUGAACCCUUUUAGCAAGGGGAGUAGGGUGUGUUUGGGUAAGAAGUGA